AUGCGCCGGCGACGACAAUCAAUCCUGAUCUCCGUUGCAUGUGACCGCAGCUUCGGCUUUGUGCGGUCCAACGGUAGGGUGCGGGGUCUUAGUCUUCGCAGCUGUAAGAUGGGCGAUGAGUUUUUUGCAGGAAAGGCAGGUCCAGCAGUGACCAGCGCAGCCGCGGCAGCUGCAGCGAAUGCCGCAGCCAACGCGGUGGCAUCCAUGGCCUCGCCAAACCUGAAUUUGAGUCACUUAGGUGACUUCAGCGACGUGCACUCCCCCAUGAAUCCCAUGAAGGUUCUUGUUCCGGAUAGCAAGAGGAAAGGCGGGAAAGGAGGGAAGGGUGGCGGGCGUGGUGGCAAAACGCCUCAAAGGAAAGCGGCGACCGCGGUCCCAGCCCCACCAGAAUUCGACCCUGCUCUGGCCGCCUUGGGCCAGUAUCCCCCUCCAUACAGCAUGGCGCCUUCGCCGUAUCCAGCACCGGGAUCUGUGGCCCCCUGUCCCAUGUCUUGUCCUAUGCCGAUGUACCACAUGAUGCCUUUUAUGUAUCCACCCAUGUACCCGGGCAUGCCCAGUGCGCAGCCGCCACCAUUGCAGCCUACAGGGCCUGCGGACAAGGGUCGGGGCAAGCAAGCGCAAGGCAAGGGUCAGAAGGACCAGAAGGACAGCAGCAAGAAGCGUCGUGGAAAGGCGAAAGGCAAAGAGACAAGCCCAGCUCCGCAAAUGGAGGUGGACACCAACUGCAGUCCAGAACUCUUGACAGUACGAAAUGCCCAAGGAAAUGCCAUGAAGGCCAAAGUCACUUUACAGGAAGCACUUCCACAUCUCCUCGAGUUUGCACAAGAUCAGCAUGGGAGUCGUUUCUUGCAGAACAAGCUGGAUGAAGCCAGCCCUGAAGAGAGACAGGCGGUCUUCGCCGGAAUAUGUUCUGACGAUGCCGAUCCUGAUGCUGCGUCGCUGGCCAAAGAUGUGAGUGGCAACUUUGUGGUGCAGAAGCUCUUUGACAUAGGCGAUCCAGACCAGAAGAAGCUCCUGUGUGAGAGGCUUCAGCCUGAAAUUGCGAGCUUGUCAAAAGAUAACUAUGGAUGCCGAGUGGUCCAGAAGGCCAUCGGCGCUGUGUCGAAGGACCUGCAGGUGUUACUUUCUAUGUCGUUGCAAGAUAAUGUGGGUGAUUGCAUCGUCAAUAUGCAUGGGAACCAUGUUAUUCAAAAGUGUAUUGAGCAAAUGCCCCCUGAUUCAGUCAGCUUCAUUAUUCAUGCCGUGGAGAAUGACACAGCGAGCCUGGCCUCGCACAUCUACGGCUGUCGGGUCAUCCAACGUCUCCUGGAGCACUGCGGAGCCGCCCAGCUCACGGAGAUGCUCGAGAAGAUCCUCGUGAAUGCCGAACCACUGGCAAAGAACCAGUUUGGCAACUAUGUGGUGCAGCACAUGCUGGAACAUGGACGGCUGCAAGACAAAGAGGCAAUCAUCGACAUCGUCAAGAGAAAUAUCAUUGGGUUUUCCAUGGACAAACAUUCGAGCAACGUCGUAGAGAAAUGCUUCGAGAUUGCCACUAUUGGCGAGCAUGCGACCCAGCUCGAGGCGAAGAGGGCUCAGCUGAUUGACGCAGUGCUGGGCGUCGGUGAUACAACUAGUCCUCUAUGCGAGAUGAUGACUCAUAGGUACGGCAACUAUGUCGUUCAGCGCAUGAUGGAACACAGCCGUGGCAACGAGAGAGAGCGCAUCUGGAGAACACUGAGUGCUCUUCCCAUUGAUUACCGGUCCAAUCAGCAUGGUAUGCACAUCAUGAAUGCUUUGCAAAAGGGAUUCAAGGAGUUCACGCCAGAUCCAACAAGUGGCGGUUAA